UUUUGAGUAAUUAAAACAAAAAACUUCAAAACCCCCUUAAAUAAAAAAUUAAUUAGCUCUGUGCUUGCCCUAUUGGAUCUCCAGCCCGAGGUUGUGACCCAAUGCCUUUUGUUCUUUGGCACGAUCUGAUUGUUAACGGUUGCCCUAAUGUAACGGUGAACACACGUGAUCCAGCGCAAAAAGUUCAUCGCUGGUUUAGAAGGGUAAACCGAUUCACAAAUACCGAUCAGUGUGAGCCUUAUAUUUUCCCUUAUUGUUCUGAACUUGAUUUUAAUUUGUGGCGUUCACCUCGUACCAAACAAGAAUGUGAACUGUAUUGUUAUUCUUCAGAGGAACAACGAAAAAGAGGAGGAUCUAAUGUUGUUUAAAUUUUGGAUUUAAUUUUUAAAAAUUAUAUUAUUGGUCCUUUUUGUUAUAAAAAAUAGAAUGAUUAUUUUGUAAUCUCUAAUGUAUUCUUUUCGGUUAUAAGGUACCGUCGAUAGUACGCUACCGUCCGAACUCGAUUUACAACAAAGGAAAUAUUGAGGAAUUUUGGUAUAUCUAGGGAUCGAAAGGGUUUGAGGAGGUAUCGGUGGAUUUGAAGCGAUAGGAAAGUAACGGAGUAUAUGGAGGAAUAGAAGGAUAUCGGGGGAUUUUUGAUUCAACUCUAACAAUAAGAAUGCUUUGAUUC